AUGGCCGCCGGCGGGAAAAAGUCGACGAAGAAGUUCAACACGAAACAUCUGAAAGAAACACUUGAGCGCCGAAAGGAAUUCGCCAAAGUCAAGCAACGCCAUGUAUUGAAAGACAAGCGCAGAGAAAAGAGUGCCAGUCGCCGCGAAGCCGAAGAAGAAGCCAACAUCCCGGAUCCCGAGCAAGUGAAGAAGCAAAAUGAUUUCGCCGACAUGAAUGUGGACGACUUCUUUGCCGGUGGCUUCGAUAUUGCCGACCCCAAGAGCGACAAGAAGAAGGCCAGCAAGAAGGACGUUACACCCAAGAUUGGCAAGCGCAAGCGCUCGACAGAUCAGGCACAGGAUGAGGAAGUCUCAGGCUCCGAGGCUGAGGGUAGUGAUGAGGAGGAUGCCAAUGAUUAUGAUGAGCACAAGGACCAGCUUGAAUCAUUGAAAGAGAAGGAUCCCGAGUUCUAUAAAUACCUGAAGGAGAACGACGCAGAGCUACUUGAUUUCGGUGACCAAGGGGACAUGGCUGAGAUCGACGAGUUGAGCGAGAGUGAGGCCGGCGAGGAGGAGGGUCCAGCGAAGAAGAAGAAGAAGUCCAAGAAGCAAGAGGAAGCAGAGGAGGAAGAUGAGAAGCUGGUUGACAACACCUUGACUAUCCCUAUGGUGAAGAAGUGGCAGAAAUUGAUGGAGGAGCAAAACUCAGUCCGCGCCAUGCGCCAGACCGUUUUGGCAUUCCGUGCCGCAGCCAAUGUCAACGACCCCGAUGCUGGCGAGCAGAGGUACACCAUCUCCGACCCCAAUGUCUACCACCAGGUGCUGGUAACGGCACUGAAUGUUGUCCCCAAGACUCUUGCACACCACCUCCCUGUCAAAGAGACCGCAGGUGGCAAGGUCAAGGUUUCCCUCGAUUCGAAGAAGUUCAAGACCCUUACUCCUUUGAUCAAAUCCCACACUUCCUCAGUUCACCAGCUUCUGAUGAACCUGACCGAUGCUCAAACUCUGAAGUUGACCAUCUCUUCCAUGGAGCCCAUGCUCCCUUAUCUUCUCCAGUUCCGCAAGGUUUUGAAGACUCUUAUCAAGACUGUUGUCGGCAUUUGGGCCGAUGUGUCUACCGCUGAUGCUACACGGAUCACCGCAUUCCUCUUGCUCCGUCGUCUUAUGAUUAUGGGCGACGCCGGUAUCAAGGAGACUGUGCUCAAGGCCACAUACGAGGGUGUGGUUAAGGGAAGCCGCAACACCACCGUCCACACUCUCUCUGCCGUGAACCUGAUGAAGAACUCGGCCGCCGAGAUUUGGGGCAUCGAUCAGAACGUCUCAUACACCACCGGAUUCACCUUCAUCCGCCAAUUGGCCAUGCACCUUCGCAACAGCACCCGCCACACCUCCAAGGAGUCAUACAAAACCAUUUACAACUGGCAAUACGUUCACUCGCUCGACUUCUGGUCCCGUGUGCUCUCACAACACUGCGAUGGACUUGUCGAGGCCCAGGCUGGCAAGCAGUCUGCUCUGCGUCCACUUAUUUACCCGGUUGUCCAGAUCACCCUGGGUGCUAUGCGCCUUAUCCCGACCGCGCAGUAUUUCCCACUCCGUUUCCAGAUGGCCCGUGCCCUGCUUCGCAUUUCUCGCGCCACAGGAACCUACAUACCUCUUGCCUCUGCUCUGUUGGAGGUCCUCACCUCUGCUGAGAUGCGCAAGUCGCCCAGAUCUAGCACCAUUAAGCCUCUCGACUUCGAUACUGCUAUCCGUGCCCCGAAGUCUUACCUCCGCUCUCGUAUUUACCAGGACGGUGUCGGUGAGCAGGUCGCCGAGCUCCUAUCUGAGUUCUUCGUUCUUUGGUCCAAGCACAUUGCCUUCCCCGAACUCUCUGUCCCGGUUGUUGUCUCCCUUAAGCGCUGGCUGAAGCAGGUCUCUGCCCGCAAUGGCGGCAACAAGAAUGCCAAGAUCAACCAGAUGAUCCUUUUGCUCGUGCAGAAGGUCGAGACUAAUGCCCGCUGGAUUGAGGAGCGUCGCUUGAACGUGUCUUUCACUCCCCGCAACCGCACUGAAGUCGAGAACUUCCUGAAGGAUGUCGACUGGGAGACUACACCUCUCGGUGCAUUCGUGAAGACCCAGCGCAAACUGAGAGAGGAGCGUGCUGCUAUUCUCGAGGAGGGUCGCAUCGAAGAGGAGAAGCGCCGCGCCGAGGCCAAGAAGCAAGGCGGUGGUGAUGAGACCAUGGGGGAUGCUGGCAGUGAUGAAGGUAGUGACGAAGAUGAGGAAGAGAUGGAGAGCGAGGACGAGAUCGAAGAGGAAGAAGAGGAAGAGGACGAGGACGAGUUGGAGCUUGAAGAAGAAUAG